AAAGUAACGCUGCUGGAGGUCAGAGCAGAGGCAUGAUGGAAAGGCAAACUCAACCGUCUUUAAGAAAAAGCUGACAAUUUCAACCUAGAAUCACCUUUCGGAGACAGAAUCAACACCGACAGGAUAAGAUUUGUCACAGGUGGUGUGUAGCUCAAGUGUCUGCUGUAUAUUUUAUUUGGAUAUUGUUUAUUUUCCUCGAAGUGUCAGUAUUUCGACAUAGUUAGCUCGUUAGCCAGGUCGGCUAAGUUAAGCUAGCUCCUCCGGCGUUUCUCCGGCUCGUCCACAUCUUCGCCAGGUGAACCAUCGGUUUUUUUGUCCAGCCAUGGAUAACAGCAACACAUCAGGGUCAGGGGGAUUCAAAGGUGGACUCGGGAAUAUUUUUGGAGGCAGUGCACCUGAAUACUCCAACACAGAGCUUGCCGGCGUACCAUUGACUGGAAUGAGCCCUCUUUCACCUUACCUCAAUGUCGACCCACGUUACCUGGUUCAGGACACAGAUGAAUUCAUCCUGCCCACAGGGGCCAAUAAGACCAGAGGGAGGUUUGAACUGGCUUUCUUCACCAUUGGCGGCUGUUGUAUGACAGGAGCUGCUUUUGGGACAUUAAAUGGUCUAAGAAUGGGCCUGAAGGAGACGAGAGACAUGACAUGGUCCAAACCUCGUAACGUACAGAUCCUGAACAUGGUGACCAGGCAGGGUGCAUCAUGGGCCAACACACUGGGUUCUGUCGCGUUGUUGUACAGUAUUUUUGGCGUGGCGAUAGAAAAGGCCAGAGGAGCAGAGGAUGACAUCAACACUGUGGCUGCUGGGACGCUCACAGGGAUGCUCUUCAAAUCAACCAGUGGCCUAAAGGGUGUAGCCCGUGGAGGCCUGGUGGGUUUAGCCAUGUCCGGUGCUUACGCUCUCUACAACAACUGGGACCACCUCACUGGCUCUUCCUCAUCAUCACGGCUGUAUUAAAAAAAUUCCCAUACAUCUGCUUCACCAGUAGGGCCAAACACGUCCAGAUCUCCCUGUUCUUACAUGAUCGAGUGCACAGCAUUUGACCACAGCACUAAGAGGAAUUAGACUCUGGUCAAAUGCAGUGCACUCUCCAGGGAAUGUGACUUCAUCUCAGCACCCUGGCCCCUCCAUAGCUGCCACUGUUCGUUUCCUUGGAGAGGAGCAUUCUGGGAUGCAGGAGAAAUGUCUGAAAAAGAUGUUUUGAAAAAAAACAGACUGAAUUUGUCUUGGAAUUCCACAUCCAGACCCUCCGCUCCUUUGUCUUUACCCUCUGAGAUGUUCCCAUCACUGAUCUGCUAUAAAUAGUUAACUUCUUCAUUUAUCAGGGUCUGGGAUGUUUUUUUGUUUUUUUUUAGAAGUGCAUUUUUAGUAUGUAAUUGUAAUAUUGGUGACUGUAUAGUUACCUGGCAGACUGAAUAGGCUCCUCUAAUACUGAUAUCAAAGUAAGUGAUGUCACAACAAUGACAAUAGCCCAUGAAGUUGGGGUUAAAUGAGCCAAUAUAAAUUUGUAAGAUGACUUGUGACACCUGGUGUGUGUCUCACCAGUGGAGUUAUACUGGAGCCGGCCUCAGUCGGUGUGAGCUCAUCGUUGAUCGUUCUUCUGUCGUUUCCUGACCUUGGACUGAAAGGCUCAAAAGAGCGAAAAAUCACCCAUCCACACCGGCGCCUUACAGUCAGUUAUACUAUUAUUGUAUUGUAUUUAUUGCAGCAUACCUACAGUGGGUACUACUUUCCUGUGCGAGUUGAAAUUUUGGCUUGUGUGGGCAUUUCUGUAGAACUGUACUGGAAGUAUGUGUUGUAUUUUUGUCCCCAUCAAACUCGCUGUACCAUAAAUUAAAAU